AAAAUUGCAAUUUUAAUUUUGCUCAAAAUUUUAUUCCUUUUGUGUUUGUAAACGAUUUCCACUUAUUAGAUAAACAACGAGGCAUGUUUAGUUAUUAGCUAUGUAUAUUAAGAGCGUUACAGUUGACGGAUUUAAAUCCUACGCCCAGCAAACCGACAUAAAAGGAUUCGAUCCUCUAUUUAACGCAAUAACUGGACUUAACGGAAGCGGGAAGUCAAAUAUUUUGGAUGCAAUUUGUUUCUUGUUGGGAAUUACUAAUCUUUCACAGCCUAAAGUAGUGGGAGGCUCUGAUGAAGCUCUUCCAUCAAGCAACGAUGACACCAGUCAUCCUUCAAUAAGUGAACCUCAAGCUACUGUUUCUUCACAAGAUGUGUAUAUACCUGCUGCUAAGCUCACUAAGGGUCAAAAGAGAAUAUCUGCUCCAGGAACUUCUAGAGAUGUAAAGAUUGCCCGACUUUCUCCAACUUUAAGUUCACAAGAUGUGUCCAUACCUGCUCCUAAGCUCACUAAGUCACAGCAACGACGAAAACAACAACAGCACAGAAAAAACAAUCAACCAUACGGAGUAACUCGUAAUCGGGCAAUAGGUCCUAAGGUAGUGGGAGGCUCUGAUGAAGCUCUUCCAUCAAGCAACGAUGACACCAGUCGUCCUUCAAUAAGUGAACCUCAAGCUACUGUUUCUUCACAAGAUGUGUCCAUACCUGUUCCUAAGCUUACUAAGUCACAACAACGACGGAACCGGCGACGAAAACAACAACAGCAGAAAAAGCAACAACAACAACAACAGCAACAACAACAGCCGCAACAACAAAACUCCAGGCAGUGGAAAAACUUAAAAAACAACAAAUCACAACAACGACGGAAGCGGCGACGAAAACACCAACAACAUGAAAAGCAACAACAACCACAGGAACUAAACGUACCUGCUCCUAACCCCCCUCAG